AGGGAAGCCCUCCGAUGGUGGCGGCGCCGCAGUCCCUCCCGGCGCUGUGCCAGAGCUUCAAGCGGCUGUGCGCCUCGGAGGACGGCGUUGGGCUCAUCAAGCUGCUGGAGCCGGACCAGGUGUUGUGGUCGUGCUGCCGCGCCGGCGAGAGCCCACAAAUCAAGGAGACGGCGCUGGCGCAGGGCGGCGAGCAGUACGGCGAGGUGCUCGCUCUCUACAUCCAGGGCCUCCGCGCAGGGGCGGAGGCGGAGCAGGUGAGGCAGCUAGAGCUCGUCUGCACGUGCCUGAAGACGUGGGCGCAGCGUUACAUAGAGAUCGACAGCUUCGGAUUGUGGAUGACACCUUUGCUGAUGCACCUGAGCGCGAUGGCCCGUCGGGUGGCGGUGCUGCUAGACAAGGAGAAGCGCUCUGAUGCCAAUAGCGACACUUACCUGAAGAAGCUCGUGGAGAUUCAUAGAGAGCUGUUCCAGAAGCUGAACAAGG